GUCAAUGGCUGCCAGUUGACCUCAGUCUACGAUCUACGCGAGGGCGAAGAGGGAUCGGCCGAUUUCUACGAUGAUGACUGGGCUUUCCGAAGGCCGAGGAGUAACAGUUCGGUCGACAGAGCGUUCUCGGCUCUCUGUGAACAAAAUGUGCGUGCUGGUUUGGUGUGGGAUGCCUCUCAGAGACGAAUUACAUCCAUCGUAACUUUGACUGACUUCCUGAAGUAUCUACGUGAAGAUGCUUCCCAGUGUACUCAGGGUGAGAUAGGCGACCUCAUAACCGACAACUCGUUGGUCACUGUGUUUGCAGAUAUGAAAGUGAUCGAAGCAUGCGAGCAAUUAUGUCUACAUCGCGUACAUCGUAUUAUCGUGCGGGAACCUCAAUCAGGAGAUAUUCUUUACCUUCUAACAAUAAAACGGGUACUUCAAGCUAUACAUAAACAG